AUGCUCGCCUCGCGCUUCUCCCGAGCUCUGCCCAGGGCUUCGCCCAUCGCUGCUCGCUCAUCAGCUUUCACUCGCGCCCCUCUCGGCGCCAAGUUCGCUCGCUAUGAGUCCACAAACACCGGCGAGGGCGAGAAGGUGCAAGGCAGCGUGAUCGGUAUCGACUUGGGAACCACAAACUCGGCAGUUGCCAUCAUGGAGGGCAAGGUCCCCAAGAUCAUCGAGAACGCCGAAGGUGCCCGUACCACUCCUUCCGUCGUCGCUUUCGCCGAGGACGGUGAGCGUCUUGUCGGCGUCGCCGCCAAGCGCCAGGCCGUCGUCAACCCUGAGAACACUCUCUUCGCCACCAAGCGUUUAAUAGGACGCAAGUUCAGCGAUGUUGAGGUUCAACGUGAUAUCAAGGAGGUCCCUUACAAGAUUGUCCAGCACACCAACGGUGAUGCUUGGGUAGCUGCCCGUGGCCAAAACUACUCGCCAUCCCAGAUCGGUGGCUUCGUUCUCAACAAGAUGAAGGAGACUGCUGAGGCCUAUUUGUCCAAGAAGGUCAAGAACGCCGUCGUCACUGUUCCUGCCUACUUCAAUGACUCUCAGCGUCAGUCCACCAAGGAUGCUGGUCAGAUUGCUGGCCUCAAGGUCCUCCGUGUGGUCAACGAGCCUACCGCUGCCGCUCUGGCCUACGGCCUUGAGAAGGAGGCCGACCGCGUCGUCGCUGUCUAUGAUCUUGGUGGUGGUACCUUUGAUAUCUCCAUUCUCGAGAUCCAGAACGGUGUCUUUGAGGUCAAGGCUACCAACGGUGACACCCACCUUGGUGGCGAAGAUUUCGACAUCCACCUCGUCCGCCAUAUGGUUGAGGACUUCAAGAAGACCUCCAGCAUUGACUUGUCUGGUGACCGCAUGGCUAUCCAGCGUAUCCGUGAGGCUGCCGAGAAGGCCAAGAUUGAAUUAUCCUCUUCUCUCCAGACUGACAUCAACCUUCCCUUCAUCACCGCUGACGCUUCCGGCCCUAAGCACAUCAACAUGAAGCUUACCCGUGCUCAGCUCGAGAAGAUGGUUGAUCCUCUCAUCAGCCGCACCAUUGACCCCGUCCGCAAGGCUCUCAAGGAUGCCAACCUCCAGGCCAAGGACAUUCAGGAGGUCAUCCUUGUUGGUGGUAUGACCCGCAUGCCCAAGGUCAGCGAGUCCGUCAAGAGCAUCUUCGGCCGUGAUCCCGCCAAGUCUGUCAACCCUGAUGAGGCUGUCGCCAUCGGUGCUGCUAUCCAGGGUGCUGUUCUGUCUGGUGAGGUCAAGGAUCUCCUCUUGCUCGAUGUUACCCCUCUGUCCCUGGGUAUCGAGACACUCGGUGGCGUCUUCACUCGUCUGAUCAACCGCAACACCACCAUUCCCACCAAGAAGUCGCAGGUCUUCUCCACUGCUGCCGAUUUCCAGACUGCCGUCGAGAUCAAGGUCUACCAGGGUGAGCGUGAGCUUGUCAAGGACAACAAGAUGCUCGGCAACUUCCAGCUGGUUGGCAUCCCCCCUGCCCACCGCGGUGUUCCUCAGGUCGAGGUUACCUUCGACAUUGAUGCCGACUCCAUUGUGCACGUCCACGCCAAGGACAAGUCCACCAACAAGGACCAGUCCAUCACCAUCGCCUCAGGCUCUGGUCUCUCCGACAAGGAGAUUGAGCAGAUGGUCGAGGACUCCGAGAAGUACGCCGAGGCCGACAAGGACCGCAAGGCGGCCAUUGAGGCUGCCAACCGUGCUGAUAGUGUUCUCAACGACACUGAGCGCGCUCUGAACGAGUAUGCCGACAAGCUCGACAAGGCCGAGGCCGACGGCAUCAAGGAGAAGAUCACCUCUCUCCGCGAGUUCAUCGCCACCAGCCAGGCUGGCGAGGGCACCGCCACCUCUACUGAGAUCAAGGAGAAGACCGAUGAGCUUCAGAUGGCCAGCUUGAACCUCUUCGACAAGAUGCACAAGGCCCGCAACGAGGCUGGCGAGCAGCAGCAGGAGCAGGAGCAGCCCAAGGAGGGUGAGAAGAAGGACGAGAACAAGCCUUAA